GAGAUGGUGAGGGACAGGAGGUCUUCCACUAGCACUGAGACCGAUGCUGCGUAUUAAAGCGUAGCCUAAACCUGCCAGCGGUUUGGAGGAGGAUUUUAGUUCCCUUGUUUGGAGGACGUUCUCUUCUUUCUGACAGCAGCGUCGUCUGUUAGCUCUAACGCAUCUCAGAACCAUGAAUCCAGUCCUUCUGACGACCCUCUUUUCGAUAGUUCUGGCUGAAAAAUCCCCUCGGCUGAAAUUCACAGUGCAAGAGCCAGCAAGGUUUCAUUUCAUGAAACCAGAGAACUACAUGACAGUGUACCACCAGCAGGGGAGCGAUGUUCUGUAUGUGGGGGGCCAGGCGGUCAUCUAUAUGAUCACAUUCACCCAUAAAGGAGUGCAAGACACAUUGAUAAAAUUAGUGGCUGAUGAAGGUGCCAAAGAGACCUGCCUUGCCAGAUCAGUACCUCUUCAGCUCGAGUGUGAUAAUUUCAUCACUGUCAUCGAGAAAGUCAACGACACCUUUGUGGUGUGUGGGACAAAUGCAGGCAGUCCUAAAUGCUGGCUACUGGUGAAUAAAACUGUUCUCACAGAUCUACCUGACAAUGGACAGAGGACAUCAGCCUCAGAUAUCUCGCCUUCUUUUCCCUCUCAGCGUUCUGUCAGUCUCUCAGCAGAUGGUAGUCUGUAUUCUGCUCUGUCAGCGGUUGCGAAGCACCCUGGCUCUAUCCGUCGCACCUACAGCUCCAACAAGCUGUUGAAGACUGAGAGCAAAUGGUUGCUGAACCCUCAGUUUGCUGGAGCUGCAGUUAUUCCUGCAACACAAAAAUACAAUGAAGAGAUCUACUUUUUUUUCAGUGAGAUCAACAAGACAGCCAGUUUGGAUGAAGAACGAUACAGGGCACGAAUUGGACGAAUCUGCAUGAGUGAUGAGGGGGGCAUAAAGACUGUGCUGCCUGACUCCUGGACUACAUUUAUGAAGGCACGUGUGAUGUGUGGGACAGCCAGCACCCCACAGCAGUACAACAACAUCAGACGAGCAUUUGUGCUGGCAUCUCAGCAUCGAACUGGUGUCAUGUAUGGACUCUUCUCCAAUGUGUGGGACACUACUGUAGUCUGUGCGUACUCCAUUGAGGAAAUCGACCAGGCCUUCGGUAAAUCUAAGCUGAAAGGCCACACUGGCCCACUCACUGGACACCGGCCUGGAAUGUGUGCCCCUAAGAAUAAUACCACAGCUCUGAACCCAAAGACACUGGGAGUGAUCAAGGACCACCCAGAGAUUGAGGAAGUGAUCUGGCCAGUAGGAGGUGCACCUCUGGACCUGCCUACUGAUGACCACUUCACACAUGUAGUGGCAGACACUGUGCUGGCUGUCAAUGAAGAGCACUACAGUGUUAUCUACUUAGGCACAGAGCAGGGGAAAGUUCUAAAGGUGCUGCACACAAAUGAAGAAGCUUUCAUCAUAUCCCAGUACUCUCUGUUCCACAACGAGGGCCCCAUCAUUAACAUGGCCAUCGACUCACAGAAGGGUCACCUUUACGUUGGCACAGCAAUGGAAAUUCAACGUCUCCAGUUAGCCGACUGCAGCCGCUAUGGAGACAGUUGCCGGGAGUGCAUCCUCUCCAGAGACCCUUACUGUGGGUGGGACUUAGCCAAAAAGAAGUGCCUAGCUAUUCCAGCAAACUACAACAUCACUACAGGGGGAUUCAUACAGGGCCUUGACCAGUCCAAUGCCUCAGUUUGUGGGGAUACUGCUGCAGCUCAAAAGACACACAGCACAGUUCCUAAGGAGGUACAAGUGGCAAAAGAUGGUCCAGUCCUGUUACCUUGCCCUGUUCAUUCUUACCACGCCACCUAUGUAUGGGAGAAGGACAACUGUGUGAAGCGUUACCCCUGCACCAUCACUGGGUCAUCAUGUGUGCUGGCGUCGACCCCUGAGCUGCCGCUGAAGGAAGGUGUGUUCCGCUGCAUGGCGAUGGAGAGCGGCCUGAAAAAGGAAGUGGUGUCCUAUAGGCUGGUGAUUAAUGCAGGAACCCUGCCCACAUCCCCAGCCUCCACGCUGGGCCUGUCUCUGCUGCUGGCCGUGGGUAGCCUCUGGUUGCUGUAGGCCUGUCCCCCUCUACAUGAGGGUCCUACUGGAGAAGAGGGAAGAGAGUUCUGAUACCAAGGUUAGGUUCGCAGAGCAUGUGAGCAUACUAGGGCUGUCCAACAUGUGGCAGGAAAACAACUGAUCUCCAUACAACCUAUACUGUGCUUUUGUUUGUGAUUUAAGCGGGGAACGCGGUUUCUGUUUAGCACCAAAAAGCAGAGAAAACACCUAAAUGUGACCCAGCUGCCAAAUUAUGCAUAAUAUCAUAGAUAACAUCAAUUGUUCAUGCUGUUUAAAUAUUUCCUGGCAUCAGCCAUAUAACAAGCAUUCUGUCUUGAAAAUAUAUAAUCACCUAUCUAACAAAGGGUUUGUACUGAAUAACAGUGCUUUUUAAGUGUUACUACUUUGCGAACCUAGCCUGAGAAACAAAGAACCAGGAGAGUAUCUUCUACAUACAGUAUAUACUUAAGAUACUCAGUAUUUCUCAACUAUGGACAUUUAAAUCCGAUGUAAUGCUGUAAUCUGCAAAAUAUCCUGUUAUAAACAUUGAUUUUUCACACACUGAGGUAAUGACAGAUUCAAAGCCUUAAAAACAUGUAUAGGACCUCUCCCUAAGCACAAUUCACCUUUUGAGCAGAAGCUGCAGAAUCUGACUUGGCUUAUUGCAUUGUGUUGGGUCUCAUUAGCAACGUGUAAGCUUUUUGCCAGCCACUGGGUGGAAAGCAACCAAACUGGAAGAUGUUUCAUCCAAAUGUGUCACUGUGUAAAACAGCAUAAUUUCAUAUGAAGCCGCCUGUGCAUUCUUUUAUGAUAACAGACGUCUAUAGUAUUUCAUACCUGUGUGCUCAUGUGAUUACAUUUUUUUCCAAAUGAAAAGUAUCACAUUUUAAAACAUAUGAAAUGAUGGCCAAAUGAGCUUGAAUAGAUCGCCUGUAGACUUGCAGUUCGUAGUUGCUGUGAAAAUAAGCUUGUGAUUAAUCUUACUUAUAUUGUUAAUGCUCUGCAUAUGCUGAUCUCCACCACUGCUGCCUAUGUAAAUGGAAAGUAUUUCUGAUGGUUUUAUAGUCAUUGUGCACUGCGUUUUCAGAGUAUAGAUCAAUUAAUCCGUAGGAAAGUUUAUUUAUUUAUUUAUUAUUACUGUUGUUUUACAUAAGUAAAUGUCUUAAUGUUACAUUUCUGCUCAAACGAUUGUUUAUAUGGGACAGUGCUUACUAUUUGAGAGACAGAGAGAGAAGAUUGAGAAAGAGAGUCAAAUUUUUUAAUUUUGAAAUUGGAGCAUCCCUUGUCUUAUUCCCAGAUCGAACUCUCCCACUGCAACUGACCCCAUGUGCUAGUUAUGUGCCAGUUAUGUCUUUAACCUCAUUCAUUAAUUUCUGCCCACUGUAUCUCAGAAAUCAGAGCAAUUAGUCAACACAGUAAUAUUUAAAGUAUUAAUUACUAAUAUGAAGAAUAUGUAGUAUGUAUUGAUUGCUGUCAGUCAUUUCCGUUUUAUAGUUGACAACUUUGCUGUUGAUGUUAGCAUUGUUUUGAUUGUUUGUGAAGAAAAUGCUUUUUGCACAUGUUCCCCUACUCUAACCAAACUUCAUUUUGCACAUAUGUCCACAACCAGAGCCAGCUCUCCAGACCCAGAUCUGAUUCAAUCUGGACUAAACCUCUGUUAAACUGGCCGAAUGUUAAUAAAACUGAUUAAAAAUAUUU